GGGUGAUGUACAGAGUCAAGUUGUUAUUGACUUUUGGCGGUGUGGGACUCACGAGAGCAGCAAGGGGAAGUCACAAGAGUCACAAGAAAAAGCACAGUUAAGGGUUGAAGGGAGAGAGAAUGGAGACAGUUUGGGGCAGCCUGAGCAGGAAGAAAAGUGGUGGAAACGGACAGCUUCUAGACGCUUCCAAUAUUAUGGAGUUGGUUGAAAACCAGCAAGUUUUUACCACCUUGGUGGACCAUAAGUUUCACAGACAAAGAUGCCAAACUCUCUGUCAAACACCUCCAACCUGCUGCUCUCACUCCACUAAUCCUCAUUCUCAUCACAUCUAUUUCGAGGAAAAAGUGAGCAAGAGUGAGUUCAAAGAGGUUCUCUCAGACAUUCUAUUGGGUAUGGCUGCUGGACUGAAGCGUGACCCUAUUGUGAUACUUCGCAUUGAUGGGGAAGAUCUUCUGGAGUUUGUUAAUGGUUCAGGUUAUGAAGCUGAAAUGGUAUCCAUAUUCUCUCAAAUUGAGUCCCCUGACAGAUCACUUCAUGACCAUAUAAUUGAAGCUCUUGGCAAGCUCACUGUUGAGCAAGGAAUUCCUCCUACAUCAGAUUCUUGGGUAUUGAGCAACAUUGUGGAACCGGCACUGCUAUCUCAAGAUGGCUCUGAUUUGGAUAAGCCUGUUUCUCAAGAGACAUUUUUGGAGGAAUUUAAGAUAGUCGCAAUGAGUGUGGCUAAUCAUCUUAAGGAACAACCUGUCAUAGUUGCUCACAGUGAGAACACCUUUGAUGGAAGUGGUGUUAAGAGACUAUUAUCCAACAAGUUUGAAUUGGACAAGACUUUGAGCUCAGCUAUAGAGACUUUGCCCAAAGAUCGAAAUGGAAAGCUUUCAAAGGAGUAUCUAAGGGUGACAUUAGACACGGUGGCUCCAUCUGCUGGUUUACCUCCUGUUGGUGCAAUUGAAGAGAUGGACAAGGUUAUUGGUGAAGUCUUUAAGAUGGUGAAUGCAGAUGAUGCGAAGGUGGUGAAAGAAGACGAGUUCAAGAAACUAUUAACUGAAAUACUGGGGAGCAUAAUGUUGCAGUUGGAGGGAAAUCCCAUAUCAGUUUCUUCAAAUUCGGUAGUGCACGAGCCACUAGACUCAUCUUCUACACUUCUGCAGCCAUCCCCUAGUGAAACAGCAGCAUAGCUGUGUUUUAAGUAUAUGAUGAGUAAAAGAACCGAGAAAUAUAAUAAAAUUUUUAUUUUCUGUAAAUUAUUACUAGCAUAAUUUGUGUUUUGAGCUGUCAAAUUUAAAUUGUGUUGUACUUGAGUCAUCGUUCAGGCUGUUUGAUCGUAACCUAAAAAGAAUAAGAUCAUUUUACUAUAAUGCAUACAUUAUCAAACCAUUAUGGAUA